UCUUCCUCUCCCGGCCGACACGGAACUGCAGCAGUUGUAGUUCAGGACCCUUAAGAUCAGUCUUCACAAUGGCUGCCGACUCCAUGGAAAUUGAUGAUGGUCUUUACAGCCGGCAAAGGUAUGUCCUGGGUGAUACAGCUAUGCAGAAAAUGGCUCAGUCCCAUGUUUUCCUAAGUGGCAUGGGUGGACUUGGUGUUGAAAUCGCCAAGAAUAUUGUUUUAGCUGGAAUAAAGGCACUGACAAUCCAUGACACAAGAAAUUGUGAAACCUGGGACCUUGGGACUAAUUUCUUUAUCAGGGAAGAUGAUGUCCGAAAUAAAAAAAAUAGAGCUGAAACAUGCCUUCACCACAUCGCAGAGCUCAACCCUUAUGUCCAAGUCAUCUCAUCAACGACUCCACUGGAUGAGUCAUCGGAUCUUUCAUUCCUGAAGCAGUACCAGUGCGUAAUACUAACUGAAGCAAGGCUUUCCCUGAAGAAACGGGUCAAUAACUUCUGUCAUGACCAACAUCCCCCCAUAAAGUUCAUCUGCUCAGAUUGUUAUGGUGUGUGCUCCUAUGUGUUUUGUGACUUUGGAGAUGAAUUUCAAGUCCUAGACACCACGGGGGAAGAGCCAAGGGAGAGCUUUAUUUCAAAUAUAACCCAGUCUAAUCCUGGCGUGGUCACAUGCUUUGAUAAUCGUCCUCACAAUCUUGAAUCUGGCCAAUUUGUGACUUUCCGUGAGAUCAAUGGAAUGACCUCUUUAAACGGCUCCAUGCACCAGAUUACAGUUACAUCACCUUACUCAUUCAGCAUUGGAGAUACAUCGGCCAUGGACCCUUACCAGCAUGGUGGACUAGCUAUCCAGAUUAAAAUGCCUCAGUCAUUCAGCUUUGAAAGACUAGAAAAACAGUUAAUGGACCCAAAAUAUCUGAUUGCAGAUUUCAGCAAACCCGAGGCAAGUUUAAGCAUCCACUCUGCAAUGCUGGCAUUGGAUCAUUUCCAGGAGAAGCACAGUCGUCUGCCAAACAUAAGGUGCCUUCAGGAUGCCGAAGAGAUGCAGACUUUAGCGGCAUCUAUAAAUGAAAAUCUGCAGAGUAAACCCUUACUUGACAAGCACUUGCUGAAGUGGUUGUCCUGGACAGCGCGGGGUUUUCUGGCUCCCCUUGCUGCAGCAGUGGGUGGAAUCAUCAGCCAAGAAGUCCUGAAAGCUUUAUCACAAAAGUUUUCUCCUUUACAGCAAUGGCUGUUUUUGGAUGCCAUGGACAUUGUGAAUCCAUUAAACGAAAUUAGUCAAGAAGAAUUCCUUCCUAGGGGUGAUCGAUAUGAUGCCCUUCGAGCUUGCAUUGGAGAAACUUUUUGCAGGAAGAUUCACCGUUUAAAUAUUUUUUUGGUUGGUUGUGGUGCUAUUGGCUGUGAGAUGUUGAAAAAUUUUGCACUUCUAGGGGCUGGCUCUGAUUCACAAAGAGGUUUGAUUACUAUAACAGACCCUGACUUAAUUGAAAAAUCAAACUUGAACAGACAGUUUCUCUUCAGGCCUUACCACAUUCAGAAACCCAAAAGCUGCACUGCUAGUGCUGCAACCUUAAGCAUAAACCCGCAGUUGAAAAUUGAACCGCGUUUAGAUAAGGUGUGUCCGGCCACAGAGAAUAUCUAUACAGAUGAUUUUUACAGUAAUCAGGAUGUCAUUGUGACGGCACUGGACAACGUGGAAGCCAGAAGAUAUGUAGACAGUCGCUCUGUGUCCAACAUGCGCCCUCUGCUGGACUCUGGGACCAUGGGGACGAAAGGACACACAGAAGUGAUUGUACCUUGGUUAACGGAAUCAUAUAACAGUUAUCGAGAUCCUCCCGAUGAAGAAAUCCCAUUUUGCACUUUGAAGUCAUUUCCAGCAACCAUUGAGCACACGAUUCAGUGGGCCCGAGAUAAGUUUGAGAGCUCUUUUACCCACAAGCCUUCUCUAUACAACAAAUUUUGGCAGGCACAUUCAACUGUCCAAAACGUUCUCCAGAAAAUAAAGGCUUGUGAAAGCUUAGAAGGCUGCUUCUAUGUUGUAAAACUACUGAGCAGGAAACCCAGAUGCUGGUCACAGUGUGUGGAACUCGCAAGAUUGAAGUUUGAAAAGUAUUUCAAUCACAAGGCUCAGCAGUUAUUGCAUUCAUUCCCUCUUGACACCAGAUUAAAUGAUGGCAGUUUAUUUUGGCAAUCUCCAAAGCGACCACCUACUCCAAUAGUGUUUGAUAUAGAGGAUCCAUUGCAUUUCAGCUUUAUACUCAGCGCAGCCAAGCUAUAUGCAAACAUUUAUGCCAUCAAGUUCACGGAAAAGGAUUUGUCACUGGACAUUAUAAGGAAAACAAUAGCAGGAGUGAACAUCAAAGAAUUUACGCCAUCAAACAAGAUUGUAGAAACAGAUGAAAAUGCAAAGAAGCCUGAUCAAAUCCUAGUGAGCAGUGAAGAUGAGAGGCUGGCUGUCAUGCAGUUAGAAAGAGUCAUUGAAGAGGGCCAAACCUCACAAGAGGACCUUCAAAUGAAGAUGCUAUCGUUUGAAAAGGAUGAUGACCGCAAUGAACAUAUCAACUUUAUCACAGCGGUGUCCAACUUGAGAGCAAACAUGUAUAGCAUUGAACCAGCUGACAGACUGAAGACCAAGCGCAUUGCGGGGAAGAUUAUUCCAGCUAUAGCUACAGCUACGGCAGCGGUGUCUGGCCUGGUUGCACUGGAGUUGAUUAAAGUUGUAGGAGGACAUCCAUUUGAAGCUUACAAGAACUGUUUCUUCAAUCUAGCAAUUCCAAUCAUGGUAUUCACCGAGACUGCUGAAGUAAAAAGUACCCAGAUCAGAAAUGACAUUUCUUUUACUAUCUGGGACAGAUGGACUAUCUACGGCAAUGCAGACUUUACACUUCUGGAUUUCAUCAAUGCUGUGAAAGAGCAGUAUGGAAUAGAACCAACCAUGGUUGUACAAGGAGUCAAAAUGUUAUACAUCCCAGUUAUGCCUGGUCAUGCUAAAAGACUGAAACUUACAAUGCACAAGCUUGUAAAGGCUGGAGCUGAUAGAAAAUACGUCGACCUAACCGUGUCCUUUGCGCCCGAGACUGAUGAAGAUGAAGAUUUACCUGGGCCCCCUGUCAGAUAUUACUUUAACAAGGAAAGCAAUUAACAGCGCUGACGUUCUCCUCCACAUGUGUUGGUACUACUUGUCACAACAGGGUUAAGCCCUAACAACAAGGAAUCGGUGGAAGUAGUGAUUUGCACUAAUAUUUGCAUAGUGGAAUCUGUACCUGUAGUGUCUCCCCUUGCUUUGUUGUAUGCGUUUCUUUGGACUGGAUUACAGAAUGUUUGGAUGCAAUAUUCUGUGCUGUAACCCAAAAAAAAGUCAUAAGAAAAAAAAAAAAUAGAGAAAAAUAAAA